AUGACAAAUGUGUAUAUGCUGAAUGAAAUAAAUGGUGAGGUAGCUCUGUCUGACAAUAAACUUGGAGAUUUGCCAUCUAAUCAAUAUCUGCCCAGCCGAAUAGAGCUUAAAAACCAACUUACCUGUACAAAGCAUAACUUAGAUAUUGCUUUGAGCUUGGGUAUUCAGCUUGUAGAAGAAUUAGAGCAAGAUGUUUCUUUAGCACAGAAGAAGUUAACAGAAAUGGAUUCUUUCAAAUUCACAACUCAAAGAGUAUUGAUAGAGAAAGACACCCUUCUUCAAGAAGCAGUCCUAAAUAAAGCUUAUUUGGCUGAUCAGAUCCCAAAAACAUCUAGCGAAUCUGAAGUGGCUGGAGGGGUCUUAGAGGGACCAGAUGUUAGUGAACAGAAGAAAGGUAAUGAUAAUGCUAGCUCUGAAACCACCUGGGGUUUCUAUAGAGACUACUUUUUAAAGAAUUCAAAGACAGAAAUACCUUCUAUGAAACUUCAUCUUUUGGAUAUAGAUGAAGUCACAAAACAUGAAUUAUUCCGAAAUAUUGGCUAUCUGGCAAUGACAUGGCCUUUUAGCAUGUUAAUUACUGAAAGAAGUAGUAUAGAUAAGACUAAUUUACUUGUGAAUCUUGUUCUUGGUGAUAAGGAUAAAUAUGUGCAAAGAGGGAAAAAAGACUCAAAAGUGCCUUACUAUGAGGAUAUUAGUUUUAGUUACAUUCCUUCUAAAAGAAUUCUUAAUACAAGAACUUUUUCAUCAAAAAGAAGCAAAUUAAUUAUUAUUGAGGAUCUAUGUUUAGAUUCAGAUAGGCUAGAGAAUGAUCCUCUUGCCAUUCAACUAAGGUUUGACAUACUAUUGAAUCUACAAAAAGAAAUAGAUGCAAAGCAAAAGCACAAAGAAAAAAAUGCCUCAGCUAAUUCAUAA